AUGUUCCCGAAGUGGACCGGGCACAAGAAGUGGCACUGCAAGUUCUGCGUCGCGACGUGGGAGCGGCCCCAGGCGGCCGCGCCCGCGCAGAACGGCCACCACGCGGCCCGGGCCGCCGAGGAGAAGGCCCCCCGUGGCCCGGACCCCGCGGCGGGCCCUCCGCCCAGCGAAGGCGGUCGCCUCGGCGGCCAUUCUCGGGAGGAAGCCGCCGCGCUGUCGGAUCCAGGGUCGCCGGACCGGCGAACCCGCACCAGCCUCAAUGCCUCGGCGCCGCCUUUUGCCCGCCCCGGCGCGGCGGUGGCGCCUCUGGGCGACGACCUGGACUCGCAGAUCGUGGGCCGCCUGGCGCUGACCGCCGUCAGCCCCGACGAGCUGGCGCUGCUCGUCCACCAGAUUCUGGCGAGGGUCACCGCCGCGGUGCAGGCGCUUGGCCUGCGGGGCGGCGUGGAGGUGUUCGGCUCGCUCGCCACGGGCUUCGGGUCCGUCGGGUCGGACCUGGACAUGGCGUACAGCGGCAGCGUCGAGGCCGACGAGUCAGUGACGCUGCUGGAGUACUUCGCCAGCCUGCUGCCAGAGUACGACUUCACCGACAUCAUCUCGGGAUCCCGCAAAGGGUGUGUGUGCCCCAGGGUGUGUGUGUGCGUGUGUGAGAGAGAGGGAGAGAGAGAGAGAGAGAGAGAGAGAGAGUUCGAUCGAUUUUUGCACCGAACCGCCCAAAGCAGAUGCCCCCCAGCCGCAGGCAGCCAUUGA